GGCGCACUUGGUUCGACUUCUCGGGGAAAGCGCGAGGCGAGCUGUGUGGCACAGAGAGUGGAGAGAGCGCGCUGAGAAAUAAUAUCCUACAGGGUAAGAUCUUGCGCCCUUUUACUGCAACACAAGAUCUCGUGAUGUGCAAAGAGACGGAUGAGAGACAUCGACCACCUUAGUUUCGUGGAGAUAUCCAAAACGCAUCUUUACAAAGUAAAGAAAGUAACCACAACUGUGACAAUAUGGAAAACAUCACGAGCAUAUCGGACCCAAAUCCAACAUGCAACUUCAGCAUGGACUUAUAUUACAACUCUCCUAAUCGGAGUGAUCUGAACUGCACCCCUCCAGCUGACUACUUCUUUUACGCGGACCUCUAUGUGGUCCUGCCGGUCAUUUACUCCGUGAUAUGUGCCGUAGGUUUGACGGGCAACACGGCGGUCAUCUAUGUGAUCCUCAAAGCGCCCAAAAUGAAGACCGUGACCAACAUGUUCAUUCUCAACCUGGCGAUCGCCGAUGACCUCUUCACUCUAGUGUUGCCCAUCAACAUAGCCGAGCACCUUUUACACUACUGGCCAUUCGGCGACGUACUUUGCAAAAUCAUUUUAAGCAUUGACCACUAUAACAUCUUCUCGAGCAUCUACUUUCUCACUGUUAUGAGCAUAGACAGAUACCUGGUGGUGCUGGCGACGGUGCGCUCCAAGCGCAUGCCGUACCGCACAUACCGGGCAGCAAAGAUAGUCAGCCUGUGCGUGUGGCUCCUUGUGAUCCUCAUCGUCAUCCCCUUCACAGUUUUCGCAGGGGUGUACAUCAGUCCCGAAAGGAAAAGCUGCGUGCUGAGUUUCCCCAGUCCUGAAAGUUUCUGGUUCAAAGCGAGCCGGAUUUACACCCUCAUUUUGGGCUUUGCCAUUCCGGUGUCCACCAUUUGCAUCCUUUACACCAUGAUGCUGUACAAAUUAAGAAACAUGCGGCUGAACACAAACGCCAAAGCACUGGACAAAGCGAAGAAAAAGGUGACUAUAAUGGUGUUCAUCGUACUGGCCGUGUGUCUGUUCUGCUGGACGCCUUUUCAUCUCAGCACCAUCGUAGCGCUGACCACGGAUCUGCGGACCACACCGCUUCUCAUCGGGAUCUCGUAUUUCAUCACCAGCCUGAGCUACGCCAAUUCCUGCUUAAAUCCAUUCCUGUAUGCCUUCCUGGACGACAGCUUCAGAAAAGCUUUUAGGAAGAUGUUAGAAUGUAGACCUGCUUGAAUGUAACUUUUAAUGGACGUGUACAUUUUUUGGGGCUCAGUGUUUUUAAAUUACAGCUAUCCCACAUGUAAAAUACUGUAGUAUACUUUAGCAUUUACUAAAGUAAAUUGUUGUAUGCUGUAAUUAGCCUACUUGUCAAUACUACAGGAAUUGAUAAACUGUGAAAAAUACUAUAGCAUACUUUAUUAUUUAGUAUGGUAAUGUUCAAAGCACUAUUGGAACUUUACUACAGUUCACUAUAGUAAAUACUAAAGUAUUCUAUAUUUUGUCAUGUGGAUUAGCCUAACAGACUAUUGCAGUGUCUUAAAACCUAGUGGGCAACUCCUGUAGACACUAGACAAGUUCACUAGAAUCAUUGUGUCUGCUACUUAAUUUUAAAGGAGUAUUGACAAUAACAGGAUGUGUUUUCCAAACAGUGCAUUCAAAAGUAAGCGUUUGUCUCCCUCUUGUGUUUUUCAAGCGCCUGUGCUUUUUAUAUAAUGAAAUAACGGGACUAAAAUCUUGUAGCAUCUUAAAAACACAACUGUCUGCAAAAAGGAUUGAACUUUUAGUAAUACAUUACUAAAACUAAAAUUACUCUAUAAAAAUAAAGGUUCCUAAAAGGUUCUUUGUUGGGUUGUAUGGUUAAACAAAGAACCUUUAACUUUCUGAUGCACAAAAGGUUAUUUUGUUUUAAGAUGAUAAAAAGUAAGAAAGAAAUGGUUCUUUAAAGAACAUUUGACUAUAUAUGGAUUUUUGGCGAACAGAAAUUGGUUCUCCCAUAGCAUCGCUGUGAAGAACUUUUAUUUUAUUUUAAGAGUGUUGCUGACAUCACAUGUUUAAGCAAAGGUUAAUUAAUAUGUACUGUAUAUAUAUUUGUAUAAGCCUGCUUUUGUCACAUGAAACAUCAUUAGUUUAAUAGCAAAUCUGAGAAUUGUUUAAACAUGUGGCUUAUUUUGUUAAAAUGAAUGAAUAUAAUAAAAAAAAAACAUUAUGCUUGUGUUUAUCAAUAGAUGCUGAUCUUAAAAUGCUUUAAUACACUAAAAUGCUAUGAAAAAAACUGCUUGCUGGGAUGCAAACUUGUUAUCAUGCAGAUCAAAAUGAUGCAUACAUUAGGUACAUGGCUUUUUAAAUAGA